AUGCCUCGAACUAUGAAAUCCAAAUCUUAUAAUAAAUGCUUUGAAAAAAGAAGAGAACAUGGUUGCUCUAGAGUACAUAGAAUUAAAUUAACAAAGGUGUUCUCUAAUUCCAAUUACGGAAGGAUUAAUAAUAAUUCUCACACAACAAAUUGCAAUUCUUGUGAUGAUUCUGAUAAUUGUAUGGAAUUACUUACUGAACGUUUGGCCAGGAUCGAAACUUUAGUCAAUAAUCUAUAUAAAUUAACUCAAGAAGGUCUACACAACUCAAAAAAGAAUCAAAAUCGAACGUUAUGUAAUAUUGACUUGACUUCUUGUAAAUUGGAGGAUUUACAAAAACUUGUAAAUUUCACCACAAAUGCAAUGUCUCCUCCAUCGUCAUCUCAGCCAUCUCCUUCUCCUAAAUCUAUCCAUCAAGAAAAAAUUCAUUCUGAAAAUUAUUCAAGGACAAAAAAUUUUACAAAACGAGAAGAAAUUUUAAAAUAUGAUAGUCAAGAUUCUGGUUACAUAAGUGAUGAUGAUGUUGAUUUGAAACCAUCAUCACCGGUAACAAGUUCAAAAGGAAAUAUCGAUACCUUAGAGGGUGAGAACUACAUACAUGCGAUAUAG